GCACGUCUCUGCUAUCCUACACCUCCUCCAAGCAACACAAUAGCAAUCAUGCCGGGUGAAUACUCCAAGUCCUGGCUGCAAUGGGAAGAGGCCUCCGGUGGCCGCGCCAUCCUCCAUGGCAGUCCAGCAGAAAUCAAGGGCAUGUAUGAUGCUCUUGUUCAAGCCCUGCUGCCUUUGCUGCCAGCUCCCUCCGAGAAUGUUGCAGUCCAAGAGGGAGAUGUCGACGGUAUCAAAUACAGAGUCUACACACCAAAGAGCUCUAAGGGGGGCCUGCCAAUUGGUGUCAAUACCCAUGGAGGAGGAUUCAUGACCGGCGAUUUGAACUCGGAUGCUUUGCUUUGCAUGGCCAUUUCCGAAUACACGAACACUGCCAUCGUCGAUGUCGAUUACCGUCUCACUCCCGACUUCAAAUGGCCAGUGCAGCUGGAAGACUCCUUGAAGGUCUACAAAUGGGCUCACGACAACGCCUCUUCCUUUGGUGGAGACAAUAGCAAGAUGUUUACCAUGGGCGGCUCCGCCGGUGGCGCCCUUGCCCUUCAGAUCGCCAACCAGAUCGUAAAGGACUCGAAAUAUAAGUCGUCGCUCAAGGGAGUUGCUGCUCAAGUCCCUUGCACCACGCACUGGGACAACGUUCCAGAGAAGUACAAGUCGAAGUACAACUCUUACACCGAGAACGCCAAGGGCACACCCAUCAUUGACAAGGAGAGCAUGGAGACAUUUUAUACUCAUGUCAACGCCGACCCCAAAGACCCCGAUACCUUCACCAUUCUGGCUACCGACAACCACGCCAACUACCCGCCGGUGUACUUCACUGCAUGUGAAUUCGACCCUCUUCGCGAUGAUGCGUACAUCAUGAAAGAUGCAUUGGAUGCUGCGGGAGUCAAGACAAAGUUGGACUAUUAUGAGGGUAUGCCACAUUACUUUUGGAUUUUCCCACCUGUGCCAGAGAGCCAGACUUAUAUGCAGAAUCUCGUGGCGGGUGUGGAGUGGUUGAAGGGACAGAUGUGAACGGCCAGGAAGGGAUCUGCUAAAGUCGGCGCUUCGAUGUGGUUGUGCUGACAUCGCUUCUUGAUGUGGGGUUUAGCUCGUUCAGCUCCGUUCAGAUUUCAGGGCAAAUGCAACUUGCGACUCCAUCCCCCUUCCCUUCCCAACCUUGGGCCGCGAGUGCCCAUUUACCAUAUGUGCCUCAAAGUGCAAGUGGGCGCAGCCACCUGCGAGGCUCUAAGCUAGGCCUGAUCGGGAACAGACAGUUCCAGCCACCAUUCGAUGUGGCACAUUGGAAGUGGCGAUGAACGCAAAGGAAACCUCUUGACACCUACAUAGCACGAAUAUCACGACAGCCCCUUCUGUUGUGCCUGUCCUCCUACUACACCAUUGGCUUGAGCUAAUCUCCGACCCAGGCGGUUUA